AUGACCGACACAGCGUGGAACUCGCUGCCGUACCUCUCCGGCUUUGGCAAUACCUUUUGCUCCGAGGCGCUACCCAAUGCGCUUCCAAAGGGGCAAAACAGUCCGCAAAAGUGUCCGUAUGGCCUCUACGCCGAGCAGCUCUCAGGGACUGCAUUCACGUUGCCACGGCACAAGAACCAGCGCUCGUGGCUCUACCGGAUCCUCCCGUCGGUAUCGCACGGCAAGUACCAGAACGUCGAGCACCCGUUCGUGAAAGGGGACUUUGCGCACGAGAACCUCUCGCCGCAGCAAAUGCGGUGGAGCCCUAUGCCGCUUCCAGAUCCGUCGGACAAAGUGGACUUUGUCGCUGGGUUGCGGACCAUUGGUGGUGCGGGAGACCCGACCAUGAAAGCGGGAAUGGCUAUUCACAUGUACGCGGCCAAUGAAUCCAUGGUGGACAAGUGUCUGUACAACUCGGACGGAGACUUUCUGAUCGUUCCACAAGUUGGCACGCUGAAAAUCACGACUGAAUUCGGGCGACUCCAAGUCUCGCCGCACGAGAUCUGCGUGUUGCAGCGCGGUAUCCGCUUUACGAUCGAGCUUGACGAGCCUUCACGUGGCUACAUUUUGGAAGUGUACAACCGUCACUUUAUUCUCCCGGACCUUGGACCGAUCGGCGCCAACGGACUCGCUAAUCCACGUGACUUUGAGCACCCGAGUGCUGCUUAUGAAGACCGUGACUGUGAGUACAUGGUCAUCAACAAGUUUGGGGGUCAGCUGUUUUCAGCUCGCAUGACACACUCCCCAUUCAAUGUCGUUGCUUGGCACGGAAACUACGUUCCAUACAAGUACAAUCUCGACAAGUUCUGCACGAUGAACUCGGUCAGCUUUGAUCACCCGGACCCCUCGAUUUACUGCGUCCUUACAUGUCAGACUGAAGAAGCAGGGAAUGCAGUUGCAGACUUUGUCAUCUUCCCGCCCCGAUGGAUGGUUCAAGAACACACGUUCCGCCCUCCUUACUUCCACCGCAACUGCAUGAGCGAGUACAUGGGCAUGAUUCAUGGUACCUACGACGCCAAGAAAGAUGGUUUUGUUCCGGGUGCUGCUUCGCUUCACAGCGUCUUCACACCACACGGGCCAGAUGUGGCGACCUUCCUGGCUGCCUCGAACGAGCAGCUCGAGGCACGGAAGUUCGACGGUGGCUUGGCUUUUAUGUUUGAGACGACGUACUUGAUCAAGCUGACGGACUACGCACUUGGCUGCGACCAAAAUGACCAGCACUACUUGGACUGCUGGCAAAUAAUGCCCAAGCUCUUUAAUCCCAACCAAGCUUGA